GGCAGGCAGCAGCGCGCUUAGCCACAGCCACAGCCACAAAUUAACCUCGAUCGCUCGCUGAUCACCACCACACCCAGGGAAAGAAGGCAGGCAGGCAGCAACUAACGAGCAGCGCUAGCACCACCAUCUAUCUGAUCGAUCUAUCCGGCCGCGUCUCCGUCGCUAUCCCCAUCCCGAUCCCCAUCCAUCUGGCCACAUCCCAAAGGCGACGUCCGCCGCGCUGUGCAGCCGUCAAUGCGGACGCCUUCGGGCGGGCGGGCGCGCGGCCUAAUUCUUCUUCCCGUCUAGCUAGCUAGCUGCUGCCUGAUCUCCCGUCCUUCUUCCCCCUCCCUCCACAGAGCCAGAGUAGCAAGCAACAGCAACGCCAAGCCUGCGUACACGCAUACAUAGGUAGAUCCGAUCCCGCUCUACUGCCCCUGCCCUAUAGUGGCGUCGUGCCGUCGUCGUCGUCGUUUGCGCUGGGCAACAGUCCCUUCUCCGCCCAGCAACCUCCAGCGGCUGUCAUCGCAUCAGCGGAACCGAGCUACCCAGCUAGGUAGCAGCCGGCCGGUGGAGAGGAGUGAAUCGAAGAAGCAGGUGGCGGAACCAAGCUAGGGAGGAGCAAGAAAUACCAGAGGAAGCAAGCAAGCGCAGUCGAGUAGAGGUACAGCUCUAACUGCUUCGGGUAAGUGGUAGUAGCUAUAUGGACCAGUUCGCCGCGAGCGGGAGAUUCUCUAGAGAGGAGGAGGCGGACGAGGAGCAGGAGGACGCGUCCAAUUCCAUGCGCGAGAUCUCUUUCAUGCCGGCGGCGGCUGCGGCAGGGACCGCGCCGUCAUCUUCGGCGGCCGCUUCCGCCGCCUCCACCAGCGCAUCCGCGUCUGCGGCCUCGGGAAGCAGCAGCGCCGCCGCCCCCUUCCGCUCCGCGUCGGGGGAUGCCGCCGGAGCGUCGGGGAGCGGUGGCGGCGGCGGCGCGGCGGCGGACGUGGAGGCGGUGGAGAAGGAGCACAUGUUCGACAAGGUGGUGACGCCGAGCGACGUGGGCAAGCUCAACCGGCUGGUGAUCCCGAAGCAGUACGCCGAGAAGUACUUCCCGCUGGACGCGGCGGCCAACGAGAAGGGCCUCCUCCUCAGCUUCGAGGACAGCGCCGGCAAGCACUGGCGCUUCCGCUACUCCUACUGGAACAGCAGCCAGAGCUACGUCAUGACCAAAGGAUGGAGCCGCUUCGUCAAGGAGAAGCGCCUCGUCGCCGGGGACACCGUCUCCUUCUCCCGCGCCGCCGCCGAGGACGCGCGCCACCGGCUGUUCAUCGACUGGAAGCGUCGGGUCGACACCCGCGGCCCGCUUCGCUUCUCCGGCCUCGCGCUGCCGAUGCCGCUGGCGUCGCACUACGGCCCCCACCACUACAGCCCGUGGGGCUUCGGCAUCGGCGGCGUCGGCGGCGGCGGAGGAGGAGGGGGGUUCUUCAUGCCGCCCUCGCCGCCCGCCACGCUCUACGAGCACCGCCUCAGACAGGGCCUCGACUUCCGCAGCAUGACGAACUACCCCGCGCCGACCGUGGGAAGGCAGCAGCUCCUGUUUUUCGGCUCGGCCAGGAUGCCUCCUCAUCACGCGCCAGCGCCCCAGCCGCGCCCGCUGUCGCUGCCGCUGCAUCACUUCACGGUGCAACCGAGCGCCGCCGCCGGCGUUACCGCCGCGUCACGGCCGGUCGUUCUCGACUCGGUGCCAGUCAUUGAGAGCCCGACGACCGCCGCGAAGCGCGUGCGGCUGUUCGGCGUCAAUCUGGACAAUAACCCGCUGUCAGAACCAGACGGCGGCGUCGGCGAGGCUAGCCAUCAGGGCAAUGCAUUGUCGUUGCAGAUGCCCGGGUGGCAGCAAAGGACGACUCCAACUCUAAGGCUACUAGAAUUGCCUCGUCAUGGCGCCGCGGAAUCCUCCGCGGCAUCGUCUCCGUCGUCGUCGUCUUCCUCCAAGAGGGAGGCGCGUUCAGCUUUGGAUCUCGAUCUGUGACCUAAAGGCAAAAUCAAAGGAAAGUUCUACAAUUCUUUCUUUCUGCUUGUUUCGGUUCUGCUUAUAUUACUACCUUCUUCUUCUUCUUCUUCUUCUUCUUCUUCUUCUUCUUCUUCUUCUCUUUUGAUUAAUCAAUUAUAACUUUUGAUGAUAGGAGCUAGAAUUUGACGUUUUAAUAUCCUUGUUUUUUUGGCUCUUCACUUUUUGAUGAGUUAUUGGUUUGAUGAGAAGAUACAUAUAAACACUAGGAAAAUCGAUCAAUGUUUUUCCCAAAUCCGUGUCAUGUUCUUCGUUCGUUCAGCACUCACUAUAUGAUUUUUCUCGCGCUGUUACAUCCGUCCAUCUGUACUUGAGUACGUACUUGCCCCCAUUUGAUCGGAAAUUCUCAUGUUGAAUCCCUCCCUACAUAUGAUAACAUGCAUCUGCAAAUCUGUCUAUUAUCUCCUAACGUAUAUCUAGAUUUUAAGAUCUCCGUCAGAAGAACUAUAUGCAGUGAGUGCAGUUGAAAAAGCUUGUAGCAUCGACGAUCUUUGUAAUGAUCUUGUAGGUCUUCUAGAACAAAUUGUCUCGCAGCUGCAGAAGCUAGCACGGAUGGACGGAGGACAUAUUGAUCGCGCAUUCACAACAGAGAUGACAAAGCCAGCUGAUCGAAGCAACAAAUUGCAGGUGCGAUCUUAAAAUUCCUCCCACAUUCGGUACCUUCUAUCUCAUCACAUCUCAUAUCUAUGGAGAGGCUUGGACACAUCCUUUUAUUGUACUACUACCUCUGUACUUGUGUUCUUCUCCUCUGCGUAUCAUACAUGUAUAGAGCAUAGAAGGCUAUACGGCAGCAAGAAUAAACAAGGACUCCUCCUUUUUCUUGCUACGAAAGGGCCGGGGACACAGAAAUAACUCAUCUGUGGUCCAACUUACGUAUAGUUUGGAUUGUCUUGGCCUCGACUGUACACUGCAUAUACAUACAUAUGCACAGUUCGAGCUGGGUCUCCAUGCUAGCUAUAGAGAUAGAGAGAGAUUUCUUUAUGAUCCCCUGCCAGUGAUCUGUAAAAAGUUAGUGGGCAUUGCCAACAACGGUGCCACCCUGCUGGUCAUAACACCAUGGUACUCCUGCCAGGAAUUCAUGGGGGUGAGGGUGAUGAGGAGGACGAUCGGCGUACGAACCUAGCUAUGCACUGUUGCAGUAGGAGUAGCAACAGUGCGUAGGUGUACAAACCUGAUGGCUGCCUCAGAAGCCUGCAUGUGUUGCCAGCUCUUGCCUCCUCCUUGUGCGAUGUGUAGUGUUGCUUCCAUCGAUGCUAUUGCUAGCUCGCUCGCUCGAUCCCUUCCCCCUUUUUACUGCACCAGCCUGCGAUGCGAGUACUGCGCUGGCCUGGGCGUUUGUGGUGUGGGAGGAAAAGAGGCCACGUACGUACCGGCCUCUCGUCAGCUCAGCCGGCUUUGGAUAGAUUUCACUAACUACCUAGCAAUCUGUAGGGCAUGGGUGCAAUUCUUUUUGCAAUGGGAUGGGUCGGAAACUUAGAAGGGAUGGGGUACUGAACCUUGCAAGAAAAGUGCCUUUGGUCUUACUGAAAGAAUGGGAAAGGGGGGCAAGAGGGAUUUACAAGGGAUUGGGAAGGUGAAAAGGGGAAGGCCAUCAUCAUCUUGAUGUGGCCUUCUUCACAAAGGAUGGAUUGGAUGGAAGCCUCUCAUAUAUAUGGACUUAUAUGGAGAUCCUGCUCACUCUUAUCCUUCGUCCCUUGUUGUGUUCAGCAUGUAUGUAAUUUCUUUCCAGAGUCCAAACUCAUCAGUCCAUGGCUCCAUGCUAUGCAUGCUAUACUGCAACUGCAACCUUAUGAUUCCAUCGUUAUCUCUAGUAGUAGGGCUAUAGCUUGAUUUAGAUGGAUUAAUGCCUUUCUUCUGGCGAACCAGUCCUCUUUUACAUGCUUCUAUAUCAGGUAGCUUAGUAGAAAUUUAGAAUCCCUAUAUAUGUAUAGGACUAGGCCAAGUCUCAAAACUUACAUCAGAACAGGAGGCUGAAAAGUCCAGAUCAUGAUUUUUGGACUAGGCCUUGAAACGUAGAGAUGCUUAUAGGUCCUGUUUUGGGGAACCUAGCUAUAUAGCUUAUAUUCGAUGAAAAAUGGAAAUUCACUAAUAAUUAAUGUCUGGCUAGCUUAUUCUAUAGAAUACAAAUAAAAAGUAUCUAUAACUCCGUGCAUAUAUAUGUUAGGCUAUACAUCAUCAUACUGUUCCUUAUUCCGUUUUUAUACUUAUGUAAUCAUCACACUGUUUUCUUUACUUUUGAAAGGGUAAAAGGUUUUUUUUAUUUUUUACUUACGAAUUUGCUUGCUGACCGAGUGUAGCUAAUGGCUUUGUUAGUAACUUCAGGUUACACGUGCCUUUUAAUCUCUGAUGCGUGUAUUGCUGCCCAUAGCCUUUUGUAAUAGAUUUUACUCCGUCACAAAUUUACUGCUUCAGAAGUGUCUUUCUUACUGUGAGGGAGAAGUAUUUGCCAGCCUAAACACAGCACUAUCAACCCACAUUUUGGACAUGUAACUAUGGGUUAAUAAUCUUAAUAUUAUCAGAUCAAAAUGUGACAUUGUUCCAGUAUAUCACUGUGCUCUGAUUGAUAUAACAGAUGAACCGGAUAUAUG